CAGGGUUCUUGAGGGACGUGACAGGAAGUUACAGUGCUUGCUUCUUGUGCAUGGGCACUUGUAUGGUGCUGGGUGGUUUGCCACUUUUAUUGGUGGCCAACGACGCAUCUAAAAAUGAAUCCGAGCUGCCAGUGGAGACGGAAAAUAAAAAGGAUAUUGCUUCACCGACCAAGGAUUAAAAAAAAAAGAAAAUGAGCGAAAAAGAGAAAAAAAAAACCAACUGCCACCCUCGACAUCGAUAAUUACAUACUUGAGGAAAAGAAGAAGAA